AUGCCCGACUCCCCACCCCGCGAAGAGCGCCGCCGCUCACGCUCGCGCUCUCCGCCUCGCCGCCCAAAAGCCCACGGCGGCUUUCGCUGGAAGGACAAGCGCACGAACAAUGACAGCCAAGAAGGCGAUGCACGCUUAGAUCGCGGAUACCGGAAUCGCUCUCCCAGACGCCCAUAUGAUCGAGACCGUGACCGUGACCGCGGCGACCGGUACAGAAGCGACUACCGAGACCGCGACCGAGACCGAGAUCGAGAUCGAGACAGUUAUCGUGACCGAGACCGCCGCCGCGACGAAGACCGACCGCGCGACCGGGACCGCGACCGAGACGGAGACCGUGCGCCCAGAGAGAAGAAGGAAAAGAAGCCCAAGUCCACUUCCGCAGCGCCCGUCGGCGCCGGCGAAGCAAUGAUAAUCGUGCACGUCAACGACCGACUCGGUACAAAAGCUGCGAUCCCCUGCUUGCCCUCCGACACAGUCGGCAACUUCAAAGCGCUUGUGGCUGCGCAUAUUGGACGCGAGCCGCAUGAGAUUCUGCUGAAGCGUCAGGGUGAACGGCCGUUUAAGGACUUUAUUACGCUUGGCGAUUAUAGUAUUGGGAAUGGGGUGCAGUUGGAUCUUGAGGUUGGGACUGGUGAUUAA